UCAGAUGAGGCAACAUGGUCAAUCUCUCAAUAAGUCCAACAAUUCUCCCUCAUUUUUUCCUUCCCCCGUUUCUGGCUCUCUGUUUGUCACCUAUAAAUUUGGGUGUCUGCCUUCCGUCCUCUUAAUCCCAAAAACCUCAUUAAGAGGGAUGGAGAGAGAGAUGGCAGAGAUCUCAGGAAGAAACGGAGGAGUGGCCUUGGAUGUGAAAGCAGCUGAUGCUUCCGCCAAGGCCGCCAUGGAUGAGCAAGAAACCGGGGCAUGCUGCUUUGUCCUGCCGACUUUCGUUCAGAAGAUGAUAGCGGAGGUGUGCGGGACCUACUUCCUGAUAUUCGCGGGGUGCGGUUCGGUUGUGGUGAACAGGAACGAGAAGGUCGUGACUGAGCCUGGGAUCGCCAUCACCUGGGGGCUCGCCGUCUUGGUCCUCGUCUACUCCGUCGGUCACAUCUCCGGUGCCCAUUUCAACCCCGCCGUCACCAUUGCCUUUGCCACCUGCAAGAGGUUCCCUUGGAAACAUGUUCCGGCCUAUGUAGCAGCACAAAUGCUAGGGUCGCUGCUGGCGAGCGGGACCCUGCGAUUGCUAUUCACUGGGAGGCAUGACCAGUUUGCUGGCACCUUGCCUACCGGUUCCGACAUGCAGGCAUUCGUGAUCGAGUUCAUCAUUACAUUCUACCUCAUGUUCGUCAUUUCGGGCGUCGCUACCGACAACAGAGCUAUAGGAGAACUUGCUGGUCUUGCCAUUGGCGCAACGAUUCUGCUCAAUGUCAUGUUUACCGCGCCCGUGACGGGAGCAUCAAUGAACCCAGCAAGAAGCCUGGGGCCUGCGAUCGUGUCGGGCAAUUACACGGGGAUAUGGAUCUACCUCCCGGCCCCAACGCUCGGAGCCAUUGCGGGAGCAUGGGUUUAUAAUUCCAUCAGGCUCUCAGACAAGCCGGCACGCGAGAUCACCAAGUCCACCUCCUUCCUCAGGAAUGCCUCCCAUAAUCGUAACGGCUCCACCUGAUUCCGAUUAUUCGAUACCAGAUAAUCUCUAUUUCCUCAGGCGAUGGCUGUGCAACUCAAUGUACCGACGGAUAUAUAUAUUUUUGGAUAAGCAUACCGAUAGAUACUUAUAUAUAAUGUAAUGGAAAUACGUUAUCUUAUUAAUUUUGGAUCUAGUAGUCCCAUAAUAGAUCAUUAAUGCCAUAAGAGGGGUUCAAACCCCAUAAUUAUUGCAC